CUCUGGACGCUCAGACUCCGGGAUCAACUCGGGGCUGGGGGUGGGGGGCGCAUUAGGAAAAGCCAGAGGCCAUUUAAAUCUCAGCGGCCGGUUCCUGCUCUCGGGGAAGCGAGGACCGCUGGGGAGAGGGCGCUGUGCGGUGGCGAACCUGCAGGUCAGACGAGGGCCCGGCUCGCUGGCUGGGGCUUCCUGGCCUUGGAAGCGGCCCGGGCUUCCGAGAACUUUGCUGUACUGCGAAUCAAAGUACAGACCAAAGAACUUCAAGUUCUCGCUGCGAGUCCGCGGAAGUGCAAGGUCCCGUUGGAGAGACUGAGGACCGCGAAGAAAAGUGAACAGUAAGGGGCCUGGCCGGCCUUCGCCCGGCCCACCCUCGGCCUCUGGCGCCCUUGAACCCGGCCCUCCGGAUCGAUCUCUGAGCGGGUUCCAGACGCUCUUCACUCGCAGGGCAAAGGCGCGGCGGCGCGGGCCUUGGAUCGCAUGGCUGCGCUGCGGGGCGCGAGGCUGCGGUGGGCGCUGCUGGGGACGCGGGUGGCACCCCCUGGCUUCUGCCCACACGGGGCCAGAGCCAAGGCCGCGAUCCCCGCCGCCGUCCCGGUUACCGCCGAGACUCCUGGAAACGGGCCUGGCGGCCGGAGGCUGCGGACCCUGGAGGAGGUUCCAGGGCCAGGGCAGCUGCGUUUCUUAUUCCAGCUGUUAGUGCGAGGAUACGUUCUGCGGUUACACAAGCUCCAGGUGCUGAACAAGGCCAAGUAUGGUCCAAUGUGGUUAACCCGCGCAGGGCCUCAGACCCAUGUGAACCUGGCCAGUGCCCCCCUCCUGGAGCAAGUGAUGCGGCAAGAGGGCAAGUACCCGGUACGGAACGACAUGGACCUAUGGAAGGAGCACCGGGACCAGCAGGGCCUGUCCUAUGGGCUCUUCACCACGGAAGGACAGCAUUGGUACGAGCUGCGCCGUACUCUGAACCAGAGGAUGCUGAAGCCGAGCGAGGCCGCGCUUUACACCGAUGCUGUGAACGAGGUGAUCGACGACUUCCUGGCCCACCUGACCCGGCUGUUGGCAGAGAGUGCCUCGGGGGACCAGGUGUCGGACAUGGCUCGCCAGUUCUACUACUUUGCUUUGGAAGCAAUCUGCUACAUCCUGUUUGAGAAACGGAUCGGCUGCCUGGAGCGCCCCAUCCCCCAGGACACGGUGGCCUUCAUCAGAUCUGUCGGGCUCAUGUUCCAGAACUCAGUCUAUGUCACCUUCCUUCCCAAGUGGACCCGUUCCCUGCUGCCUUUCUGGAAGCGCUAUCUGGAUGGCUGGAACACCAUCUUCUCUUUUGGGAAGAAGCUGAUUGAUCAGAAGCUCAAGGAGAUAGAGACCCAGCUGCAGACAAGGGGGCCAGAUGAAGUCCAGAUAUCUGGCUACCUGCACUUCCUGCUGACCAGAGGACAGCUCAGUACUCGUGAGGCUAUGGGCAGCCUGCCUGAGCUGCUCCUGGCGGGCGUAGACACGACAUCCAACACGAUGACCUGGGCACUGUACCAUCUCUCAAAGAACCCAGAGAUCCAGGCUGCUUUGCAUAAGGAAGUGGUGGGUGUGGUGCCAGCCGGGCAGGUGCCCCAGUACAAGGACUUUGCCCACAUGCCCCUGCUCAAAGCGGUGCUUAAGGAGACCCUGCGCCUCUACCCUGUGGUCCCCAUAAACUCCCGGGUCAUCACGGAAAAGGAAAUCGAAGUCAAUGGCUUCCUCUUCCCCAAGAACACCCAGUUUGUGUUCUGCCACUAUGUGGUAUCCCGUGACCCUGACAUCUUCCCUGAGCCAGAGAGCUUCCAGCCUUACCGCUGGCUGAGGAAGAGCCAGCCUGCUGCCCUUGGGGUCCAGCAUCCAUUUGGCUCUGUGCCCUUUGGCUAUGGGGUCCGGGCUUGCCUGGGCCGCAGGAUUGCAGAGCUGGAGAUGCAGCUGCUGCUGUCACGGCUGAUUCAGCAGUAUGAGGUGGUCCUGGCCCCCGAAACAGGGGAGGUGAGGAGCAUGGCCCGCAUUGUCUUGGUUCCCAAUAAGAAGGUGAGCCUGCACUUCCGGCAGAGGCAGUGCUGAGCUGGGCCCGAGCCUCCCGGGAGCAGCCCCCUGCUCUCUCCCUGGCGCAGUCAUUCCCAGCCACCGCUGUCUCUCAGACCAGAAGCGGGAGAAGGUGGCUGCCGGACACCAGAGGUCGAAGAAACGCAGUGCGCUUUCUGUAGAACCCUGAGCUUUUGCCACUUUUAUCAUUCUGAAUGCGUCCCUCUCAGAUAAAGGGCCACCCCCAUGUCACAUUGCUGUCCUUGGAGAAAAUACAGAAUAAAGGGACUUCUAUUGAUAAUUGGA